AUGAAAGUUCAACAAGUAAAACAUCUAUCUAUUUUGGUCCUGCUCAUAUCUAUCUAUCUAUCUAUCUAUCUAUCUAUCUAUCUAUCUAUCUUAGCUCUUUCCAUGAAAGUUCAACAAGUAAAACAUCUAUCUAUUUUGGUCUUGCUCAUAUCUAUCUAUCUAUCUAUCUAUCUUAGCUCUGUUCAUAUAUAUCUAUCUUGGUUCUUUUCAUGUCGAUAUAUCUAUAUUUAUUCUAUCUAUCUUAUCUCUGUUCAUAUAUAUCUAUCUUGGUUCUGUUCAUAUCUAUAUAUCUAUAUUAAUUCUCUUCAUAUCUAUCUAUCUAUCUAUCUAUCUACCUUAGUCUUGUCACAUUAUCUCUGUUCAUAUCUAUCUAUUUAUCUUAGUUCCAUGAAAGUUCAACACGUAAAUCAUCUAUCUAUCUAUCUAUCUAUCUAUCUAUCUAUCUAUGUUACUUCUGUUUAUAUCUACUUAUCUUAA